AUGAGCUUCUAUCAACCGCUUAUUCUGCGAUUGGAAGUGAAAAACGGUAGCCAUCAUAUUUCAUUCAACGAAUCGUCGAAGCUUGAUAUUGAACAGUCUCCAUCAACUAUCGAAAGAAACAGAAGGCGUAUAAUGUCUGGUCUCAAGAAGCGCAGUCCACCUGGAAUAAGCAACAGGAACGACGGAACAGAUGAUGCUCCCAUUGCUCCAACAACUGCAGAUAAGCAUGUUCAUCAUGAGCUUCCGCAACAGUCUUCAAAUUUUCGAGGACGUCGCACUUAUUCAGAGGUGGUCGUAGAAUCUCUUGAUGGAGAUCGAUGUGUUGAUGUUGUAAGCUGCACUUCUGAUGCCGAAGUAUUCCCACAGUCAUCGCGAUCUUCCAAAGCAGGAUCCGAAAUUUUGCAAGCUCCUGAUCAUGUUACCUAUUAUUACGGCAAUCCUUUUGUGGAGAAGACUGAAGGAAUACUUCAUUUUUUCAAGUAUAAUGAUGAACUCAUGGGUAGAGAGAUCCAGUGCCGAAUGCUUUGUAUGAUUGGUGUGCCUUCUCAGAUCACACUUCGAGAGAUCUUGCUGUUUAUCGGAGGAUCUAUACAAACUAUAGAGCGAAUUAAGGUCAUCAGAGAUUCGACUCCGAAUGAAUAUAUGAUUAUUUUAAAGUUUAAGUCUCAUAACGAUGCAAUUGUAUUCUAUGAGGAUUUCAAUGGUACACGGUUCAACAGCUUAGAGCCAAACCAGUGUAGAUUGUUAUUUGUGGAUCGAAUAGAAUGCGCAUCAGAAGAUGAAGUGACAGCUUUGUGCACCGCCUCAUCCACGUACAAUGAAGCAUCAUCUUCAAACCACCUCACUGAACUUCCGACUUGUGCUGUUUGUUUGGAACGUAUGGAUGACAGCGUUGUAUCGAUUCUGUGCAAUCACACAUUCCAUGCGGGGUGCCUUGAGCAAUGGACUGAUACUACAUGUCCAGUGUGCCGUUAUAUCCAGACUCCAGAGCUUGUGGCCGAACAACGCUGCUCCAUUUGUGGGCAAAGUUCGGAUCUUUGGAUUUGUCUGAUAUGUGGAAAUAUAGGAUGUGGACGAUACGCUGAGGGACACGCUUACAGACACUUCGAAUUAACGUCCCAUACAUUUUGUCUACAAGUUGGAGGUCAGAGAGUUUGGGACUAUGCUGGAGAUAAUUAUGUUCAUCGUCUCAUUCAAUCGGACACCGAGGGAAAAGUUGUCGAGUACCAGAGAGGAGACCCAGAGGGUGAAUCUGAGGAGAAAAAAGACAAACUUGAUGGAAUUAAAUUGGAGUACACGUGUCUCCUCACAAGCCAACUGGAAAGUCAACGAAUGUAUUUUGAGGCACGACUGGCUGAUAUGGAACGAGCAAUGAAUAACAUGGAAAAGAUGGCUCAAGCACAGAUUGACGAUUUGGAAACAAAGUUAUCGCAAUCGUCGACGGAGUGCAAAUCUUUAAAAAGGCAACUGCAAGAAGUGAAUGCCGCGAAACAAGCCAACGAAAAGAAAUGCUCACAAACCGUGAGCAAACUUACGAAGGUCACAUCUGAACUGAAAGAAGAACGGGAGAUGAAUGAAAUGUUGCGUAGCGACCAGCAACAAUGGAAACACAAGGUUGACGAGCUUGAAAAGAAAUGUGCAUCUUGUGAGCUACAGUUUUCUCAGCGAAUCAACGAACUACAAGAACAGGUCUCAGAUCUUAUGUUGCAUUUUGAAGCUCAAACUAAAAUUCAAGCACAACUCGAUAGCGCACAAGUUUCCAAGGAGGAAAUCGAAUCUGGUCAGGUGGGUGUGUCCAUGAAUACGCCAGAAAGAAAGCAACGACGAAAAAACAAGAGAUGA